AUGAACCAACAUCUCCUCAAAGCUGGAGAGAAAUUUGCACCAAAGGAAGGUAAUGAGCUGGCUCGUCUCCCAUGUCUUUGCAGUUGGUUCCGCACUGGAUCAGCGAUCGUUUUGCACCUCACAAAUGGCACGCUACAGAUCAAUUUCUUCAACGAUCACAUCAAGCUCAUCCUAUGCCCUCAUCUUGGCGCCGCUAAACUUAUUGAUCGCGAGAAGAAGCUGGGCACUUUCAAAUUGGAGUUUCUUGAAAAACAUGGAUUCGAUGGUGAUUUGCGAUCGCGUCUCAAAUACGCCGAGGGAAUGAUCGAACGAUUGAUGACAAAAACGAAUGUGAUCACCAAAUCGGAAGUUUCAAGCGCCAGCGGACAGGCGGCAUGGUCAAGCGGAGACUUGGAUUCUAUCGAUAGCAAAUCACCCAAAUCUUUAUCAGAGAUUCUUCAAAGAGUUGCUGAUGUUAUCUCAAACGCCAUCCGUAUCUGUCUUGCCAUUCCACCGUUAUUAGUCCUCAUUGCACCAUUCUUUCUGCUCAACUUUUUGUAUCUGAGGUUCUAUCUACGAGGUGCUCGUCAACUGAAUCGACUCAGCUCACUUCAAAGAUCUUUUCUGAUCGCAAAGUUCCGUGAGACAAUUCAAGGUGUUACAAGUAUUCGCGUCUUCAAAAUGGUAAACAGUGAAAUCGCAGAGUUUUCCCGUUUUGUUGACGGAGUUACUAUUUGUAAUUUUGCCUCCUUCGGGUCAAGUCGUUGGCUGGAGAUCAGACUGGAGCUCCUUUCAAAUUCUACAAUCUUCCUAGUGGUCUUGUUUGGAAUAUUCAUGUCAAGAGCUAGUGCUAUAUCGCCAGCAUUGCUUGGCUUAUGUAUCACUUCAGCAAUGGCGAUAACUGAACGAUUAUACUUGGGUAUUAAAGCUUUCGGGCACUUGGAAACAGAAGCUGUUUCGAUUGAGAGGAUCUACGAAUAUACAAAGUUGCCUUCAGAGAAACCAUGGAAGAACGAUUUUGAACCGCCAAGGAAUUGGCCACAAAAUGGAGGAAUAAUUUGGAGUGAUUACUCAGCCAAAUAUCGACCUAAUCUCUCCUUGAGUCUGAAGAAUGUGAAUGUUUCAGUAAAACCGGGAGAAAAGAUUGCGGUCAUCGGGAGAACUGGGUCAGGCAAGAGUUCCCUUUCUCUAUCAUUGUAUCGAAUCUUUGAAAGCGCUGCUGGUAGAAUUCUGAUCGACGAUAUUGAUAUCUCAACACUUGGACUUCAUGAUAUCAGGAAAAAGCUGACAAUCAUACCACAAGACCCAAUGUUUUUUUCUGGAACAAUCCGUUUCAAUCUGGAUCCUUUCAAGAAAUUUGAUGACGAAAAGAUUUGGGAAGCUUUAGAGAAAUGUCAGCUGAAAAAAUGUUUUGCUGAAAGUGCAGAAAAGCUUGAAUACAAGAUUGAAGAAGAAGGGAAUAAUAUGAGGCUGGGAUUGAGAUUCGAGAAAAGAGGAAAGAGUCAUCUUAGUAUGGGACAACGGCAGUUUAUCUUUUUGGGAAGAGCUUUGCUAAGGAAAGCGAAGAUUUUGAUUUUGGAUGAGGCUACUGCUUCCUGUGAUCCGAACACGGAUCGUCUCAUUCAAGAAGUGAUUCGUCGAAAUUUUGCCGAUUCAUCAGUGCUAACGAUUGCUCAUCGACUGGAAACCGUUUCCGACUAUGACAAAGUGAUGGUUUUUUCUCACGGUGAAAUCGUUGAAUUCGAUCAAGCUGAACGGCUACUUGCCAAUCCCGACUCUUUCUACACAAAAAUGCUGAGAAGCUAUUAUCGAAGUGAA